AUGAAAGAGAAAAAAACGAUAAUAUAUUAACGAAAUAAAAUGAUAAUAAAUUUAAAAUUGUAAUAGCUGGAGAUAGUAAUGUAGGAAAAACAACUCUUUUUUGGUAAUAUAUAGAAGGCUAUUUUCCUGAUGAUGUUUCUGAUUUAAAAGUAAAUGGAUAUAUGUAACUAUGGUAGAUUUUAAAAUAAAAAAUUUCAUAAUAGAUGGAGAAUUGAUUAAAUUACAUAUAUGGGAUACUGCUGGAUAGGAAAGAUAUAGAUCAUUAAUAAGUAAUUAUUUUAAAGGUACACAUGGAAUAUAUUUUGUUUUUGA